UGCCUCCCUACAGUCAGGAGCGCCCAACUUUCCUCAGGAGCACACGCUGCGUGCCUGGACCUCUCUACACCACAGGGACUUUGUUUCCAACUGCUUUUUUCCCACGAGAUGUCGAUUGUGGUCUUGCGCCGACAGUAUCUCCUCGCCUCGCGGUCUCGCACAAGAUUGAACUAGAGAAACAUUUCUUUCCCUUUAUUAAAAAAAGAACUGUCAUUUUCUUAUUGUGCGCUGACAACUCCGGGGCCAAUAACCACGCAGUGUGCACACAGGUACAGACUGCCCUCCUGAGCAGGGACCGUCCAGCAGCAGCAGCAGCAGCAGCAGCACGGGGAUUUUCUAUUGUUAUUGAUUUCAACUUGGAGACGAAAGUGACCGAUCUGUUGGAAUUGAUUUGUUCAAUGACUUGCAAGGUUGGAUCUGAAGUUAUAUUCGGAGAACUGCAACAAUAAGAGAUUUUUUUGGAAAACACUCUGUGUGUGCUGCAGGAGGUUGGUCCACCAUGCAGCUGGACGGUCUGUGGACGGUCCACGCCCUCCUGGCACUGUCCGGCUUCGCUCUCGGGAACCUGGUGAGCAAUGACCCAAUGGCCGCACCCCGCGUCUUUAUCUCCUUCAAAGAGCUGAGAUCCACCGGUACUGCUCAUCACUUCGCCUACCUCCUAAACACAUCCGACUACCGGAUCCUCCGUAUGGAUGAGGACCAUGACCGCAUGUACGUUGGCAGCAAGGACCACAUCCUGUCUCUGGACCUCCAUGACAUCAACAAGGACCCACAUAUCAUCCACUGGCCAGUGUCCGAACGAAGACGGAUGGAGUGCCUUGUGAGCGGGAAAGACGCCAAUGAGGAGUGUGCAAACUUCAUCCGUCUGAUCGAGCCAUGGAACCGUACUCAGCUGUACGUCUGUGGGACAGGAGCUUACAAUCCAGUCUGCACCUUUGUCAACCGUGGACGCAAACCUCAGACAUCCCUGUAUCUGCAGAUGGCCCAGGCCAGAGGAAGGGCUAGCCGCGCAGCUGAACCCAGCGCGGUGCACGACACACUUGGACUAAAGGAAGAAAUCUUCCAUUUGGAGCCGGGUAAAGUGGAAUCUGGGAAAGGAAAGUGCUCCUACGACCCGAAGCUCAACAGCGUGUCAGCUUUGAUCAAUGGUGAACUGUACGCUGGGGUCUAUGUUGACUUUAUGGGAACAGACUCUGCCAUUUUCCGUACUUUGGGAACAAAGACUGCCAUGCGAACAGAUCAGUACAACUCCAGAUGGUUAAACGACCCCACUUUCAUCCAUGUACACCUCAUCCCUGACAGCGCAGAGAGAAAUGACGACAAGCUGUAUUUCUUCUUUCGGGAGAAAUCCUCCGAGAUGGGCCAGAGUCCUGUGACCCAGUCGCGUAUAGGACGCAUCUGCCUGAACGAUGAUGGAGGCCACUGCUGUCUGGUUAACAAGUGGAGCACCUUCCUGAAGGCCAGGCUCAUCUGCUCAGUGCCCGGCGCCGACGGCAUGGAGACGCACUUUGAUGAGCUGCGAGACGUUUAUAUACAGCCAACACAAGACACAAAAAAUCCUGUGAUAUAUGGCGUCUUCUCCGUCUCUGGCUCUGUCUUCAAAGGCUCAGCAGUUUGUGUCUACUCCAUGGCAGACAUCCGCAUGGUCUUCAACGGACCCUUCGCCCACAAGGAGGGUCCCAAUUACCAGUGGGUGGCCUACACUGGGAAGAUCCCCUACCCUCGACCCGGCACGUGCCCUGGAGGUACAUUCACCCCUAACAUGAAGUCCACUAAGGACUAUCCAGAUGAAGUGAUUAACUUCAUGAGGAAUCACCCUGCCAUGUACAAUGCUGUGUACCCGAUACACAAGCGCCCCCUGGUGGUUCGGACCAAUGUGGACUAUGAGUUCACCACCAUCACUGUGGACCAGGUGACAGCUGCAGACGGCAACUAUGAGGUGCUCUUCUUAGGAACCGACAAGGGAACAGUUCAGAAGGUCAUCGUUCUGCCCAGAGAUGACCUGCAGACUGAGGAGCUGGUCCUUGAGGAGGUAGAGGUUUUCAAGGUCCCUACUCCAAUUACAUCCAUGAAGAUCUCAUCCAAAAGGCAACAGCUGUAUGUGUCAUCUGUGAUAGGGCUGACUCAGUUGGCUCUCCACCGGUGCGACGUGUACGGUGAGGCCUGUGCUGACUGCUGUCUGGCCAGAGACCCUUACUGUGCCUGGGAUGGCAAGUCCUGCUCCAGGUACUCUGCCUCGCAGAAGAGGUCUGACCCCUUUAGACGUAGCCGGAGGCAGGACGUCAAGUACGGGAACCCCAUUCGCCAGUGCCGAGGCUUCAACUCUAACACCAAUAAGAACACUCUGGAGAUGGUGCAGUAUGGGGUGGAGGGAAGCAGUACCUUCCUGGAGUGUCAGGCCCGCUCUCCACAUGCUGUUAUCAAAUGGCAUCUGCAGAGAGAUAACAGCGAUCGCAGAAAAGAGAUGCGUUCUGAUGGUCGGAUUUUGAAGACAGAACAAGGUCUACUCCUGCGAUCUCUGCAGCCCUCUGACUCCGGUAUGUACCAAUGUACAGCCACGGAGAAGAACUUCAAACACACACUGGUCAAGUUGCAGUUGGUGGUGCUGUCGAGCCGCGCUGUCAACAACGUGCUGGUGGAGGGUGGCGGAGGGCUGACGCCGUCCUCUCUCCACUCCAGCAGCACCCAGUGGACCCCCAGCGCAGGCCAGUACAAAGACCUGCUGACCAUCCUGAGCCAGCCAGAGAUGAGCCUCAUCAAUCAGUACUGCCAGGACUACUGGCAGUUCGGAGACCCACUGCUGGGUGCCCUCAAGGCCAAAGACCUGAAGGAGCUCAAGGAGCAGAAGAAACCCCGCAACCGCCGGCAUCAUGGGGAGGGGGAUGAGAACGAGGAGCAGGAAGACAUAGAGACAUGAGGAGCCCAGCUUUGUGUCUGAAACACCCUCAACCACCCUUCCCCCCACCCUGUGAAAACUGGGAGAGACUCAUUGAGAGUAGCAAACGUGAAAAAAAAUCCACAAACCGAAAAAAGGCAAACUGAGAAAAAAAAGGCUUACAAACAAAACCCCACAUACAUCCUCUCAAACAGUAAGAUAUAUGAUACACAGUAUUUAUUGUAGGUUGUAUAUAGUAUCAUUCUGUGGAUUUCUUUGUACUUAUAGAAAAAAACAUGCUCUUUGUGUAUAGGUACCUUUGGGGCAAAUAUUAUUGUUAUUAUUGAUGUUGUUAAUUUUAUUGUUGCUGUUACUGUCAUUACAAAACUCAUCUGUCAGCAUCAUAUGACCUCGGCGACUGUUUGGAAUGUGUUAUCAGGCAUGUAAGCUGUUAGCGAGCUGUGAGAAGUUUUGAUGGGGAAAUGAGUUGUUGAUAAGGGGUGAUGGGAUCUCUGUUGUUUCUUGCUUGUUUUGACUCGAUGCCAGGACUCUUUUCUUUGGACACUCCAGGAACGCCUGUGAUGCAACCCCUUCAUGGCUGCAUGCGGACAGAGACUUAAUAUUGCAAAGGGACCAUCGACACAUGGUCCCAGUUAUCAUGGGGAAACGAUCCUUUCUCUGUGGGAACCCAAGACGACUCCAAAUAUUCUCACUGGUGUAAUUGGGCCUUUUGGUAGGAAACUGGUGCUUGCCCCCCUUCUGUUUCCUCCUUGGUUGGAGGAUUGAUUGUGAAAUGAUGCGUCAUCUUUGCUACUUUUCAGCCCAGAUACGAAUUAGAAUUAUUUCAAUCUCAACUGUACUCUACUCUGAGUCACUUGCAGCUUCUUUUGGCCAUGAACUCAAGUUUCAGAAAGAUUCAUAGAUAAAAGAAGCAAGCAUCAGAUCACUUUUUAUUGAAGGUCUAGUGUGUAGGAUACAGUGGCAGCCAACUGAAACUUCUACCAUUUUCCAAAGGUGAACUAUUAACUCCAAAAUGAACAGACCAAGUCAUUUAAAGUGCUAAAAACACUGAAUAAAGCAGUUUCACAUAAAAAAAAGUUUUUAUAUCGCUGCGGCUGAUGUGAAAAUGUACAUGGCCCUAUCUAGAGCCAGUUUUUGGUUUGUCCAUUCUGGGCUACUGUAGAAACAAUAUGGCAGACUCCUUGGAAGAGGGUCUGCUUUGUACGUAGAUAUAAAUGGCUCAUUCUAAGGUAACAAAAAACCCCAACAAAUCUUAGUUUUGAGUAUACACAAAUGAAAACAUGGUUACGAAUAUAAUAUUCUAUUUCUGCCAACAUGUGCCCCUAAAUCCUACACACUGAACCUAUAAAUCUAUUAAUGGUUCAUCUUUUGAAAUGAGACUGAGGUGCAAUAAAGGGUCAAAGUUUGCACAAAGGGCAUUAUUCUUUUACUUUCAGGGGACAUUGGCUGGGGCCAAAUGCAACAAGCACACUCGGGCAAGUUAUAGUUGACUUCUGUUUAAAAAAAAAGAGAAAAAAAAACACCAAAAAAACAAAACAAAACAACAAAACAAAUCCAUCUCGAGCUGAAAAAGGUGUCCAGAUCAGGCAGCACUCGAGACAUAAUUUCUUCUUUCUUCUUUUGACAUUCAUAUGUGGUAAAAAAAAAUUGCCCAUAUACACAACAGAGCAUUGUAACAAUGUUGUGACACUAACCAAAAUAUUGGGAAGCUGGCUUUCAUUGUGUGCAUGAACCUGUAUUUGUACUGUAAUUCUGAUAAGAUACUGUGUGGUCAUUUCUUUUCUGUUUUUCAUCUCUAGGGGUGUACAGUAUGGUCUCUGAGGGACAUUCUCAGUAACAGGAAAAUGGGGAAAACAAAUGCUUUAAAGAUUUCAAUUACACCCUGUAUAAAGCAUGAUGCAUCUUUUCAUUGACAUUAAUAUAGAUUGUGUCAGAGCAUCAAGUGAAACAAUCUCACAUAUGCGUUUGGAUAGCACAGAAUUAGGAGAAAUAUCAUACAAUGGCAUAUUAAUGAUGUAAACAAAGGCAGUUUGAGUCAGAAAACAUGAGUAAUAGUUCUAUUGAUUAGAAUGUUUACACUCUAUUAAAAACACAAGUACAUCAGUGAAAGUAAUUUUCAUGAAUAAGAAUAUAUGAUCUUAAACAUCCGGAACAAUUCAUUUUCCCCUCACGUUGACAUUUCAAGGCUUUUAAAACACAUUGUCUAGCUUGUAUUCAGGCUGUCUUGAAUGCCUCUGGGAAGAUGCAUCUAUAAUUCAUACAGAGGUAUCUGUAUCCGCUCCUCAAUUUGGGAUGUCUGUCUGCAUUCCCAGAAUCAAUCACAGCCUCUGAUUGUCUCUUCCAAACGAGGCCAGGGGUUAUAUAGCAAAAAAUUAAAAAAAAUUAAAAAAUGCAAAGAAAGGUUGUACAAUUUGUUGGUAUUUUUAAAAAUGUGUCUGUAGUUUUUGAGUGUUUUUUUGUUUGUUUUUUAUUUUUGCAUCAUCAGACUUUAUGGAAAAAAAGAAAAAAAAACUAAAUGCACAAAGGUGAUGUUAUUGUAAUGACUUGUGUAAAUUACUCUAUCUUCCCUUUCCAUUGUUGUUGCUGACUAAUAAAUUAAAGCUCUAUAUUUUAUAAGAAUGGAAUGCUCCCCCCCUUCAUUGUGAUUGGCUUGAUACUGGAUGUUUUCCAUGUUCUGCCCAGAACCCUCUGGAUCCUUGGAAUAAAGUUGUACCUGUUAAA